GGAGAGAACGAUAGUGGGACGCGAGAAAACCCGGUAAUUGACACUAUUGACCACGCAUGUAAGACGUAACGGAGUCAGCAUGUGAUCUUAACUUAUACACACAAGACAACAAAGAAUUAUCGCCUACAUAUGAAUUAUCGCCAGUCAAACACACACACAGCGCGGACCCGCGAACCAAACAGCUUACCCGAACGCGAUUUUAUCAGCAAAAGCAAAGACGAGAGAAUCGGCAAGGUGCACGCAAGUGCCGCGCUACGGUCGUGCAAUAGAAACAGUCGAAGACAAGCGAGCGACGAAACAUGGCAGACGAGCGUAUUCGUAACGGCCACGCGGCGAGCGAUAUCCCGUUUACAAUAAACGCCGAGAUGAAGAAGAAGGAGGAGAAAAAGUCCGACACGAUGUGCGGGUUAAGCUGCUACCCGGACUGCCUUCAACCGUGCGCUGACAUCAAAGUCUUUCUCGUGUUCUUUAGCCUGCUGUUUCUGUUCACGGGCGCGUUUUAUGCCUACUUCGUCAGCGUAAUGACAACGCUGGAAAAGCGAUUCCAUUUUCCGAGCAGAGACACUGGAAUUCUGAUGAUGUUUAACGACUUUACACAUCUCGCUAUAGUCGUAGUCGGAAGCUACUUCGGCGGCAAGGCAAACCGCCCACGAAUGCUAGCACUAAGCGGAAUCGUCUUCGCUUUGGGUUGCUUCGUGCUGUCCAUACCGCAUUACGUAUUCGGUAGCGGCCAUAUUGAAAUCGAAUCGGGGAAUGGAACUCAGACUUCGACGUGGAGGGACACCUGUACAGACGCGAUUAUUCCAAACACCUGCGAUACGAGCGUUGAUUCUAACAACGUUGCCUACGCUAUACUCUGCAUCGGAGAGUUGUUGGUGGGGCUGGGUGGAUCAACGAUGUUUUCGCUGGGUACGAGCUACGUGGAUGACAACGUCAAGCCUGAGGAUGCCUCGUUCUAUCUAAGUAUCAGCUAUGCUGUGAGAAUGUUUGGACCGGCUAUUGGAUUCGCAGUCGGAAGUUAUAGCACCCGGAUCCAUGUUUCCUUCUCCG